AUGCCAAGGAUGCUCACCGCCAACGUGCAACAAAUCCGGGCGAUGGUUGCCUCUGCUGAGGCUUUAGGCGUGCCUCCUGGCUCUGCGAUGUUCAGGCAAGCUCUGCGGUCUGUUGCGUUAGUUAGUGAGGAGAAGAUGGCCACCAAAGUGGAUCACUUAAAGAAGGCAACAAGGUGGUCGGAUGCCGAUGUCGCCAUUGCUGUGUCCAAGUGGCCGAUUCUGCUGAGGUGGUCCAAGGAAACGCUGCAGCGCAAGUCCGACUUCCUCAUCGCGGAGGUGGGAUUGGAACCGGCGUACAUUGCUCGUCGGCCAGCGAUGCUUAGUUUUAGCCUGGAGGGCCGGCUCAGGCCCCGGUACUAUGUUAUGAGGUUUCUCAAGGAAAAUGGAUUGCUAGAUCAUGACAGAGACUACUACACUAUGGUCUUGUUUGGCGAGAAGGUGUUUGUGGAGAAAUUCAUAUGCCCUCACAAGGAAGCUGCGCCGCACCUCCCUGAAGACUAUGCUGCUGCUCGCAGAGGGGAAAUGCCGACUAAUUUCAGAUUUGUAUGA